AAUACCCUAUUAUAGCUCAGAAGUGGGAUGACUACCCGAAAGGAUAAAUAUUUCGGGACAAGGCAGGCCACACCCUCCGCGUCUAAGGUAGCCGCCUCCACGCCCGCCGCUACCACUGACUCUAUUGCCGUAUCUGCUGCGACCGCGACUCCCGCCGUGCCCACUGCUGUGCCUGCCGCUGCAGUACCGGUUGCCACUGUGCCGGCCGCUGCUGACGUGCCCACUGCCGUGCCUUCCGCUGCGGUACCCGUUACCGCUGUGCCUGCCGCUGCAGCCGUGCUCACCACAGCUGUACCCACUACCGUGCCUGCUGCUGCAGUAUCUGUUGUUGCUGCGCCCUCCGCUGCUGUACCCGCCGUUACAUCCACUGCUGCACUCGCUGCCGCCGCAUCCACUGCUGUACGCGCCGCCGCAUCCACUGCUGCACCCGCCUCCACUGUACGCUCUGACGCCUUAUGUGAUGCUGUGCCCGCCUCUGCUGUGUCCGCCUCUGCUGUGCCUGCCUCUGCUGUGCCCGCUGAUGGGGUGUCCGCCGCAUGUCUGCUAUGCGGGCUGCUGUCUCGCUGGUCGCACCCGUUACUAACCCUGACGUUCCCUCGGCCGCGGACCCAUGGGAAGAUAUGCCCGCCCGACUACCAUCCGUGCCGUCUGCCGCUGCCGCUAUCACACCUGCCGCUUCCGCCUCCCCCAGCUGGACGAGCAACUGACGAUGCUACGGAAACAGCAUGAGCUGCUAGAGCUGCAGCAGCAGAUCCUCAAGCUGCAGCAGGGUAUGGAUGAAUUCCGAGCACCGAGGCAACCAGUCAGUGACUUGAGUGUGAUCGAGAGCAUGGUGGCCCGAUUCUCAGCGGAUACUGCAUACGAUGUAAAGAAAUGGUUGAACGAUCUGGAGGACGCGUUUGAAAUACUGCAGUUGAAUGAUCGCCUACGUUUGAUUGCAUGCCGUCGCAUUCUGGAAGGGACGGCGGCGGUGUUCCUGCGCACGGUAUCGGUGCACAGCUAUGGAGAACUUAAAGCAAUCCUCCUCCGAGAGUUUGGACGCUCGCGCAGUGUUGAAGAAGUGUACCACGCUCUGCGUAGCCGGCGCAUUAAGGCAGGCGAAGGAUGCUUGAUAUUCGCAAUCGAGAUGCAGGAGAUUGCCAUGAAUGCUCCGAUUCCGGAGAACGAGUUGGUCGACAUGAUUAUCGAUGGACUCCGGGACAAUUCUACUCGAGUCGGCAUGCUGUACUCAGCUCGCACGGUGGCCGAAUUGAAGCCCCUACUGGAACGCUAAGAGCGCUACCAGUUUCAGUAUGAAGGUGCAGCCAACCACAACUGCCUCGUCGUCUGGGAACAAAUCCUCAGGCACUGCCGUAAGUGAGACCGAUGUUUCAACUGCUCGGGAUGGGGGCAUUAUAAAAGCCAAUGCCCGAAGCCGAUCAGACCGCCGAACUCCUGCUUCAAGUGUGGCAUAGUGGGCCACAUUUAUAAGAACUGCCCGUCUCGGAUGCCGCCACUACUGCCGCCACCACUGCCGCCGCCGCUCCUGAUGAUGUGGGAAAUAGAUUAAACCAUCUACAACUGUCCGAAGAGUUUUAUCCGUGAAUCUGAAGUCCCCCCCAACUGCCGUCUUAGUCCCAGUAAAUUGAACUGCCGUGGUUUAGGA